AUGCACGGUCUCAUUUCUACCCUCGCUGCCAUCCUGCCUCUGGCAGUUGCGGCUCCAUUUGGCCACAAUGCCCGUGACAGUAAUGCGGGAUGCCAAGCCAAGUCCCAAAAAGACUUCCAAUGGACCGUAGAGAACUUUGACUACCACGCAUCCUAUAUCUUCACGACGCCUGCCCAUCAGAACAGCUGGGGCUAUGUCAACUUCAACCUCACCAACCCCGCACUGGAGUACAAGGCAUCGUGCAGCGCUUCAAGCAGUCAACUCUCAGACUUUUUCUACGGUACCAUGGCAUACAAUUGCACAGUCCCUGACGGCUCUACCACCAAGGCUACCUUCGACUUCAACCGAGCGAACGGAGAGCUUAACAUCAACCAAACAUGGGUCUGCAGUGACCUGGAGCCACAAUGGCCAGCAACGUUCCACGCCUAUGGCCAAGUCAAUCUUACUCUUGACUGCACUGAUUCUACUUGGCAAAACCCGAACUGGACUAUUGGGCAGAUCUACUCUGAUCGAGAGGUCAAGUGCGCCCCGGUCACAGUCCCGGUCAAGCCCCACACGAUUACGGCUGUGGCAUGA